CUCCCUUACCUGUCCACACUUGCCGCUAGUAUUUGUGUCUUUCAAUUGCCUAACAAUCUGACCACACCUCCUUAAAAGUUAGGCAAAGCUAUUCUAUCAGUUUUAUGCACCAGGUGAUUUAUUUUUAAAUGUUUAUAUAAAGACUAUAACACCGAAAAUGAAAUGAACCUUAGAUAUGUAAGUAGGAUAUUAAGUUUGAGCUUCACCUGAGCUCCGGACACUCCUUACUUAGCUCAAGCUUUCCGUGGAAAGUGGAUUUCUCAACAUUUACAGGAAGUAAUACAAAGUCAAAAUGGGGAGCAAGGAGCGCUACCACUGGCAGACCCAGAAUGUUAAGAUCAGUGGGGUGGAUGACAUGGUCCUCCUCUCCAAGAUCAACGAGGACGCCAUCACUGACAACCUUAAGAAAAGAUACAUGGAUGACUACAUUUUUACCUACAUUGGAUCAGUACUGAUCUCCGUCAACCCCUUCAAACAGCUUCCCUACUUCACAGACAAAGAGGUGGAGCUCUACCAGGGAGCAGCUCAGUAUGAGAAUCCCCCUCAUAUCUAUGCCCUGGCUGACAACAUGUACCGCAACAUGAUGAUCGACUGUGAGAACCAGUGUGUCAUCAUCAGUGGGGAGAGUGGAGCAGGGAAGACUGUGGCAGCCAAGUACAUAAUGAGUUACAUCUCCAAAGUGUCCGGAGGUGGUGCCAAAGUCCAGCACGUUAAAGAAAUCAUCCUCCAGUCCAAUCCACUGUUAGAAGCAUUUGGGAAUGCCAAGACUGUGCGCAACAACAACUCCAGUCGCUUUGGUAAGUACUUUGAAAUCCAGUUCAGCCGUGGAGGAGAGCCUGAUGGAGGGAAGAUCUCCAACUUUUUGUUAGAGAAGUCGAGAGUUGUAUCACAGAACCAGGGAGAGAGGAACUUCCACAUUUACUACCAGCUCCUUGAAGGCUCCACAAAAGAGCAGAGGGAGAAUCUUGGUGUCACCACACCCGACUAUUACCUCUACCUGAACCAGUCUGGCACCUACACUGUGGAAGACGUCAACGAUAAGAAAGAAUUCUCUGACACCAUGGAAGCCAUGUCAGUGGUGGGCCUGACUCUAGAUGAGCAGAACAUGGUGCUGCAGAUCGUAGCAGGCAUCCUGCACCUGGGAAACAUUGCCUUCAGAGAGGAGGGCAACUACGCCGUGGUGGAGAGUGAGGACUUCCUGGCAUUCCCGGCCUACCUAUUAGGAAUCGCUCAGGAGGGCCUGAAGAGCAAACUGACCAGCCGGAUCAUGGACAGUAAAUGGGGUGGCAAGAACGAGAGCAUUGCUGUCACCCUGAACACCGAGCAGGCCGCCUUCACACGGGACGCCCUUUCCAAAGCCCUGUACUCCCGUCUGUUUGACUAUCUUGUGGACUCUAUCAAUAAAGCCAUACAGAAAGAUCGUGAGGAAUUCAACAUUGGGGUGUUGGACAUCUAUGGCUUUGAAAUCUUUCAGAAAAAUGGCUUUGAGCAGUUUUGCAUCAACUUUGUGAAUGAGAAACUGCAGCAAAUUUUCAUUGAGCUGACAUUAAAAGCUGAACAGGAGGAGUAUAUACAGGAAGGGAUUAAAUGGACACCAAUUGAUUAUUUCAACAACAAAAUUGUCUGUGACCUCAUUGAGUCUAAACUGAAUCCUCCAGGCAUCAUGAGUAUCCUAGACGAUGUGUGUGCCACCAUGCAUGCCAAGGGGGAGGGGGCCGACCAGACCCUUAUCCAGAAGCUACAAGCUGGAAUCGGCUCUCACGAACACUUCAACAACUGGAAUAAAGGCUUCAUAGUGCACCACUACGCUGGCAAGGUGUCCUAUGAUGUCAGUGGCUUCUGUGAGAGGAACAGAGAUGUGCUCUUUACCGACAUCAUCGAGCUGAUGCAGAGCAGUGAAUUUGCCUUUAUAAAAAACCUUUUCCCAGAAAACCUGGAGGCAGAGAAAAAGGGUCGUCCCACCACCGCCAGUAGCAAGAUCAAGAAACAAGCCAACAACCUGGUCCAGACCCUUAUGAAGUGCACACCCCACUACAUCCGCUGUAUCAAGCCCAACGAGACCAAGAAGCCUCGGGACUGGGAAGACUCUCGGGCCAAACAUCAAGUGGAGUACCUGGGCCUGCGCGAGAACAUCCGUGUGCGACGCGCUGGUUACGCCUUCCGCCGAGCCUUCUCCAAGUUCCUGCAGAGGUAUGCCAUCUUGACCAGAGAGACGUGGCCCAAAUGGACAGGGGAGGAGAGGAAGGGGAUUCUCCACCUUCUCCGCUCCGUCAACAUGGACCAAGACCAGUACCAGUUGGGCAAAACCAAGAUCUUCAUCAAGGCCCCAGAAUCGUUGUUCUUGUUGGAGGAGAUGAGGGAGAGGAAGUAUAAUGGCUAUGCUCGGGUCAUCCAGAAGGCCUGGCGCAAACACGUUGCUGUCCGCAAGUACGUCAAGAUGAGGGAGGAAGCCUCAGACAUCCUGCUGAAUAAGAAGGAGCGGAGGAGGAACAGCCUGAACCGGAACUUUGUGGGCGACUACAUCGGCACUGACAACCACCCCGAGGUCCGGCAGUUUGUGGGCCGCCGGGAGAGGAUCGACUUUGCAGAUGUGGUUGUGAAAUAUGACCGCAGGUUUAGGACUGUAAAGCGUGACCUCAUCCUGACCCCUAAGUUCCUUUAUAUGAUUGGCCGGGAGAAAGUGAAGCAGGGACCAGAAAAGGGGCAGAUCCGAGAGGUUUUGAAGCGACAGAUUGAAGUGGAAAAGGUUCAGUCUGUUUCGCUAAGCACCCUGCAAGACGACUUCUUCAUCAUCCACGAGGAGCAUUACGACAGUGUCCUUCAGUGCAUCUUCAAGACCGAGUUUCUCAGUUUGCUGUACAAACGCUACGAUGAGAAGACCAAUAGGAAGCUACCGCUCAAGUUCAACAACCUACUGGAGUUUAAGGUAAAAAAGGGAGGCUGGGGACCAUUCUCAGCAGCUGGCUCCAGGCAGAUCCAGUUCCAACUGGGCCAAGGAGAUGAGGUGGUUCUGAAACCCAGCAGCAAGGUCCUCACAGUCUCCAUUGGAUCGGGCCUUCCAAAGAACUCCAGACCAACCCGCAAGGACAACAGGAAAAGUCGCUACAUGGGCAACUUGACGACAGGUUCAGGUCAGCAAGGGGCCCCCAGGGGCGGUGACCGAGGUGGAGGUCGGGGUGGGGGCGGUGGUCGAGGCGGUGGUCAGCGAGGUGGACCGCCCUCAUCCAGGGCGUCCAGGAACUCCGUGCUCAGUCGGCAGUCCAGUAUGGAUCAGCCCACCUUGCCCAGGCAACAGGGGUCCCGGCAGACCAUCAACCGUUCCAACAACCAGGGCCAGGCAGACACCACCUUCAUGAACGUGCCUGACCAGGGAGUGGCUGGUCUUCAUCGUAGACGGUCAAAGGAGGUCAAGCCUACCCCAGGCGCAGGUCGUGCCAAGCCAGUCCCCAAGCCCAAGCCUCGCUCCCCACAAUGCCGAGCGCUGUAUGCUUACGAUGCCCAGGACACAGAUGAGCUGAGCUUCAAUGCUGAUGAUGUCAUUGAAAUCCUCACUGAAGAUAAUUCAGGUUGGUGGUAUGGUCGUCUUCGUGGGAGGGAAGGCAUGUUUCCUGGAAAUUAUGUGGAGAAGAUAUAAGUUGGAGCAAUCAGGGAUGUAUCAAAUGGGAGAACAUUGAGGCUGUAGAUCGAGGAGGCCAUGGUGUCAGGGCAGCUGUUGAAGGACAGCAAUACAAAGUGCAUUAUCACUGAGGGCAAAAAACAUUAUCACUGUGGGCAAAGAAAGCAUUAUCAAAGCAUACUUUUCUCCAUCUCUCUUUGAAAUCAGGAGGAUUGUUUUGGGCAAAAGAAAAACAAAGGAGGAUUUCAAGUUCAAAUAAUGCUAAUGUUUUAUUAAUGGAUUUGAUUUAUUGUUUUAGCAUUGGGGAAAGAUUAUUUUAAAGUUAUAAAGAAAUGUUUUAUCUUUCAUCUUUUUGUUGGCAUUUACCAAGUGUUCAAAUAAAG